AUAUCAGAACCUUGCUUGUUGAGAUCAUAACGUGGCACGUGGCCGAAACGCCAAACUCACCUCUCCUUCCCACCAACCCACCUCUGUAACUCCCAAAACUCUACCGACCUUUAUUUCCGUCUCUCGGACAAACAGACAAACGCCUUCCGACCGAUGCUGCCGUCCGCCAUGGAUACUCACCAACUCCUCGACUCUCUCACCGCCCAUAUCGCCCUCUAUAACUCCUCAAUCCCUAACCCUAGCCCGGGUCCACGCGCCACCGUCCUCCGGUGGUUCUUUGCCCUCUCCGCUGCCCAGCGCCAGUCCGCCCUCACCGUCGUCGACCCCAACUUCGUCCGUGUUCUCCUCCAGAUGCUCUCCCGCCUCCGCCGCCACGGCCACGGAUUCUUCUUCCUCCUCCCCGACCUCCCCUCCCCCUCCUCCUCCUCCCUCCCUUCCCUCUGCUUCCGCCGCUCCCACGGCCUCCUCGCCCGCGCUGCUGCCGAUUCCACCGCCGAGCUCACCCUUGCCCGAUCCCUUCGCCUCUUCGGGUCCCGGGAGGAAGAGCAGACCGCCGAGUGCCCCCUGGACUCCCUCACGGUCUCCGAGGACUUGGUCGCCGAUGCGGACCGGUUCGUGGAGGUUAUGGAUGGAAUUUCCGGCGGGAGGUUCCUUAGAGGGGAGGUGAACGGGCUGGGGGCCCCCUGGGCGGAGCUGCCGUGGUUGAAGGAUAAGGGGUACUACAGCUUGGAGGCAUUCGUGGCGAAUCGAAUGGAGGUGGGGUUGAGGCAGGCGUGGCUUAGCUCCCAUGGAGGGAAGAAGCCGAAGGCGGGGAAGGCAGCGAAGGAGAAGGCUGGGGUAGCUGGCGUGGCUGCCAAUGCCUUUUGGAGGAAGAAGGGGUGCUUGGAUUGGUGGACGGGGUUGGAUCCCGGACAGAGGAAGAAGAUUUUCAAAGCUUUUUUAGGGAAGGCAGCUAAAUCUCUGGCAAAUGAGAUUGUUAAAGGGUCAGGCAUUGCUUUGAGGAAUGAAGUUUGUUGUUGUAAACUUGAAGCUGAAUUGCAACUAAGAUAUGGUCCAACAGCAUCUUGGCAAAGGGGGAAGCAGUCAUUGUCCAGAAGGAAUCCAGAUUUGUGCUUGGAUAUCAUCACUGCACCAUCUUCUAGAAGACCACAAACCCUGGCCAUUUGUUUGAAUAAGUUGCUAGUGGCUCAGGAGAUAUCUACUUUUUUAACAUAUUGGCUUAGUGAAUAUGAAGACAAGGCAUUAUUUUUCAGCACAGUAGAAUCUGUUGACACCUUUUCUGAUUGUAUAAUAAGAAAGCUGCGAGGACUCCUAAUGGUUGUUUCCAUUAAUUAUAUAAAUCUUGAACUUAUGGGAGAUGUAAGGUUAAAUGCCAUCCUGUACAAAAGUGAAGAGAAGUCCAAUGUUGGUUGUCGGAGAGGGAAGAACAAAUAUCGCAGUUCAAAAAAGCUAAGUUCCAUUCCUAAGCCAUCCAAGGUUGAUCCAACAUUACACAAAACUUCUAUGGAUGAAGGAUAUGGAACAGACUGUGCAAUUGAUAGCAGCUAUGGGCUUUGCCCCCCAGGAAAACUUCCCUCAAUAGUGGAUAAUCAGAAGACAAGGACAGCUAAUCCUUGUGUUCUGAAGAAAGAUCCUGAGAAGGAAACUCCAUUAACAAAAGUUGAGAAGGAGCAUGCUGCAGUUUUGGCUGACUGCAAGGGCCAUAAAAGUAAGAAAAAGGGUGGAAGAAAAGGAGCUAAAAGUAAAACUCCUACCUUGGUGAAAAUUGGAUUUUCUGAACUUGAGAACAAGAAAACUGCCAUUACAUCUGUUGCUGCAGAAAGUGAAUUGGCAGAAUCUUUACCCAGUACCAAAGAUUCUGCUGGGAGGCAUAACCUAUCUCCUGUUUCUAAUUUCUGUGAUGAUUCUGAUAAGUCUGGUAUUGUGGAUCAGAAUGAGAUGAUGAAUACCCAGCUAGAUACUAACCAUCAUUCUAUAGCGAAUUGCUGUUGUACUAGUGUGAAAUGUAGUAUGAGUUCAAACAAAUCAGAUGACCAUAACUCUAUUACAAUGGCUAAAGGCAGCCCACAGAUAUCUUCAGGAUCUUCUUUGAUUAACAGUAAUAUUUGUUGUGAGAAACUUGUACGUCAUAUUAAUUCUUCCAUAAUUUGUUCCGGGAGCAUGACUGCAUGCGAAGUAGUGAGCCCUUCCAUGCCUCCAAGUGAGCUUGAGACUGGUGCAUUUCAUAAAAAACAUGAGCAUUGUAGUUCUCAGGAUAUAAGUGACACCAGUUCACAGCAUGCUGCUCCUUCAAACUUAGUUCAAGGUGUUAUGAGUGAGAAUAAUACUGUAGCCCAGAGUGAUUUUGGUGGGUCUUAUGCCUAUAACCACACAAGUUCUAUGGGAGGCACUUCAUUUGAGUGGCCUGCCAUAUCACCACCUAAUUUUACAUCUGUUAACUCACAGCUUCUCCCAGCUGCCACAGACAGAUUACAUCUGGAUGUUGGUCACAAAUGGCCGAGUCGCUUUCAUCAGUCCUUUCUGCCUUUGAGGCAUCAGGGAAGAAAUCCAACAAUUGAAGGAGAACGCAGUCAAAUUUUACCUUCUCCAACUUUGCCCAUGAGCUAUGACUGGCCUCCUAUGGUCAAAAGUUAUAGUAGAUUGAGUCAGAUUGUGACAGUAAACUAUGACUCUGGAUAUGUUCCAAGGCUGCAGUCUUCGUUCUGCUCAGGAUUUGCCACUCAUGGACUGCAAAUUAAUGGUACCUCUAGUGAAAAUGAGAGGAAGCAUCCUGGGGAUAUUCUAGAUGUGUGUGAUUUGAAAAACACUUCUGAUUUGGCAGAUGAUACUGAAAGUUACUGGUUUUCUGAAGAAGAAUACGAAACCCAUGCAUUUUCUGGAAGGGAUUAUAAUCAAUUUUUUGGUGGUGGAGUGAUGUACUGGAAUCCUGCUGAACAUGUUGGAACAGGCCUUUCUCGCCCACCUUCUCACAGUUCUGAAGACAGUGCUUGGGCUUGGCAUGAAGCAGAUAUGAAUAGAACUAUUGACGAUAUGAUUGGCAUGCCUGGAUUACCUGCUUCCUAUAAUACAAAUGGUCUGGCCUCACCAUCUGCUGCCCCAUUUUGUUCACCAUUUGAUCCUUUGAGACCUGGACACCAGUCUGUUAGUUAUUCUAUGCCAGGAAAUGACAUCAAUGGGAAGGUACUGAACCCCUCAUCAUCAGUGUCUGACGGUCCUGAAGAGAAAGCAUUAAUAUCUGUGAAUGAUUCACCUAAUGGUGUUGAAGGCAUGAAAGGGGAUACACUUCCAUACUCAAUGUUGCCGCCUAUCAUUGUUCCAAGUAUAUCAAGAAGGGGUUCAAGAUCUGAAUUUAGGGUUGGUCAUGAUCAUAAAAGCCCAUGUGUAUCUUCUACUAGGAGGGAUACCCCUCACAUCAAGCGACCUCCAUCCCCGGUGGUACUUUGUGUUCCUCGAGUACCUCAACCUCCACCACCGUCUCCAGUUGGUGAAUCUAGAAAGCGAGGCUUUCCUGUUGUAAGGUCUGGUAGCUCAAGUCCUAGGCAUUGGGGUAUGAGAAGUUGGUAUUCUGAUGAAAGUAAUUCUAAGGAAACUCGACUUUGUUUGGAUGGUGCUGAAGUUGUUUGGCCUCAAUGGCGAAAGAAAGGGCUUGCUACCUCUCCAAUGGUGCAAUCUAUUCAAGGGUCUUUGUUGCAAGAUCAUCUUAUCACAAUUUCCCAUCUAGCUCGUGAUCAAGAACAUCCAGAUGUUGCAUUACCACUGCAACCUCCUGAUUUAUUGAAUUGUCCAUCCAUUAAGAUGUCCCUGUCUAUGAUGUACAAUCUUCUUCACAAGGAAAUUGAUCUUUUCUGCAAGCAGGUUGCUGCUGAGAAUCUGGUCAGGAAACCCUACAUUAAUUGGGCUGUCAAGAGGGUCACGCGAUCUCUUCAGGUGCUCUGGCCUCGCUCUCGGAUGAAUAUAUUUGGUUCUAACGCAACUGGUUUAGCUCUUCCAACUAGUGAUGUGGAUCUUGUGGUCUCUCUUCCUCCAGUACGGAAUUUGGAACCUAUCAAAGAAGCUGGAAUUUUGGAAGGUCGUAAUGGUAUCAAGGAAACAUGCCUUCAGCAUGCUGCUAGGUACCUUGCAAACCAAGAUUGGGUUAGAAGUGACUCCCUAAAGACCAUAGAAAACACUGCAAUACCUGUCAUCAUGCUUGUGGCAGAAGUUGCUCAUGAUAUUAAUCUUUCAAAUGAAAAUUCUUCCAUUGUCGAAUCACCAGAAGCAUGUUCAACCAAGAUGCCUGGAAAACAAAGCAUCCCUGGUCCAGAUCUGUGUAGUUCAGUCAAUACCUCCUGGCCAAUGUGUUCAAAGAUGAAAAAGGAUGACCCUUUUGAUGUGAAAUCAAUUCAUCUCGAUAUCAGCUUCAAGUCACCAUCACAUACAGGACUCCAAACUUCUGAACUGGUUAGAGAGCUCACUCAGCAGUUUCCUGCUUCUGUACCACUUGCUUUGAUACUGAAGAAGUUUCUGGCAGAUCGUAGUUUGGACCACUCUUAUUCUGGUGGUUUGAGUUCUUACUGUUUGGUGUUGUUAAUUACACGCUUUCUUCAGCAUGAACAUCACAUUGGUCGGCCUGUUAACCAGAACCUGGGUAGUCUUUUGAUGGAUUUUCUCUACUUCUUUGGGAAUGUUUUUGAUCCACGUCAAAUGCGUAUUUCAAUUCAAGGAAGUGGAGUUUAUAUGAAUCGAGAAAGAGGGCUCAGCAUUGAUCCAAUUCAUAUUGAUGAUCCUCUUUAUCCAGCUAACAAUGUAGGGAGGAAUUGCUUUCGUGUACACCAAUGCAUUAAGGCUUUUGCUGAUGCUUACUCAGUGCUGGAAAAUGAGCUAUCACAGUUCUCUGGUAAUUGUGCUCCAACUUCAACAGGAACGUUCAGGAUACUUCCAAAAAUUAUCCCUAGUAUUGGUCGUGAGGAGUGAUAUUUGAUCAUGAGUAACAAUUUUUCUCAUCUGAAUGGUACUGGCUUGGCUGCCCCUUUAGCGGUGGUAUGCAGAGGUAUUGCAAAUUUUGCCUGAUUAGUUAUUGUUCAGGUUGACUGCCAUAUUUUGCUGGUUGAUGGAUAACUUGCUUCACUCAAAGGUAUGAUUGGUUUCUCAUAUGGUGCUGAAGUAUCUGCAAUUAAUGAAAGAAGUAUUUUUUUCAUGCAAUGGUACCCAGUGGUAUGGCAUGGUACACGCUUAAGCAUGAGCGAAAGCAUUUCUAAGCUCUCAAAAAUUUGCAUACAGGUAUAAACUGGAAGCAGGCAUGCUUGUGGUGAGUUUUUGGUGUCAUUGUUGGUUAAGUGUUGUUACUAUUUGGUGAAAUCAGAGCAGUUGAAGCUUUUGGUUAGUGUCUAUCAUUGAUUCCUCAUUGCAUAAAUUCUGGACCCUGUUAAAAAUGCUAUGUGAAGUGACAUCCAAACUACCUGACUAGGAACAACUAGAUGUGUCUUGGUUUUACCAGGACCUCAAAUUGAUUUAGGCAGGUGUUCUAACCACUUGAUAGUCAUCUGCUUUAAUUUUAUUCAACAACUGAAGAUAAUGCUGAGAUUCAAAUGGAUGGGAUUAGUCAUUCAGUGUGAUCUUCAGUCUUAUCAUCUAUCUGGGAGCUGGUCUAUUGAAGUGUUGUGCAUUUUGUGCUGCAUGCAGUAAAGUAUGUAUGCAAAUGCUGUUUUUCUAAAUUAUUUGCCUCUAAACUAUUGUUUCUAGAAAGCUCAGGUGCUUUGCCCCGUUUUUUUGAUUUGUUUUAAUUGAAUUGAUGGUCCUUUUAGAGAUAGAAAGUAAAUUUCCUGUCUAUUUAUCUGAAUUAAAAAAAAACUCGAAUCUUUACAACCUUCAUCUAGUGAAGUGUAGAUGCAAUGCUGGAGUUUUGGAGUUAACUCAAAACAACCAAUAUAGAUGCUAAAUAGAUCUGGAAUUUAACAAAAGUUGUCUUAUGAUAAGAUUUCUAAUAUGAUAUACUUGUGACUGUUCUCAUGGACAUGAUAACAGUGUUUUUUCCCUUUAAUAAAUGGUAAUCAUACUGAUUUGCUUGUGCUUUAAAAACAUUAUCUUUACUUCAUUAACUCCAUUAAUUCUUAUGGGACAUCAACCUUCUUUCAUUCCUUUCAUGCAUACAUGCAUGCCCAAUUGUUCCUUUCUUAGUCUAGCUUAUUUCUUUUUCAAAAGAUUUUCUUCUUUUCAUAAUUUUAUUUCUAGUUAAUCAGACUAUCUUCUUUUUUUUUUUUGGUAAAUCAGAAUAUCUUCUUCAUUGUUAGAAGCAAGCUUUACAAGUUCGGUUUGGCUGAAGUUUUAUGCAAGACUUGAAUGUAUGGGUGUGACUGGGCCAAGCUGAUCUGGAUGGCCGAUGAUGGCAUGGAAGACGUGAAUGGUGGGCUUGUGACCUGAAUGAUUACAGCUCUUGAACUUUUAUCAAAUAAAUUAUCAGUGAUUCAGGCAGAGUUUCAUUGCCUAGUUCAGUGAAAUAUUCUACUGAUCAGCCAUGAGACUGGGCAUGCAGUAUACCCAUUGCCUACUGUACACACUCUGAAGCAGCUGUCUGAUCUAUAUGCCGGCACUCAGAUUUGUCAACUUUCAACAAAUUAAUUCUUUCUGGGGCUGCUUCGUGUUGCUUGGCAAAUGGCUGUGAACUGGGUUCACGUGCUAAAGAGUUUUUCUCUACUCAUUUUGACUGUAAUAGCCUAAGCCUCAAGCGAAGUUCCUCUUUAGGUGUGUUACAUGUACAAAAGAUAUGCUGUUGACAAACAUUUUUCCAAUGCAUUGUCUACAAUUCCAUAGCAUGCCAUGUUAGUAAAGCUUCAUGCUGUGGCCUCUGGUGAUCAUUUUUGGUUUCCCCUUGUGCCAAUUUUGGCACGCACAGGUCCAUGUGAAACAGUUGGAUGUGUUUGUACAGUGCGAGCUACAUUAUUGAAUAUCUAUAAUGACUGACAAACUUGGAUUUCUAAUCA